AUGUGCUACAAACGCACAAUCUGCCUCUCUUGCGAGGACUGCGGUAAGGCUAUCAAGACCUCCUAUGAUUACGGUUUGUGUCGAAUUGGUCGACGCGCCAACUUUUGGGGUAUGUGUCGCGAUGCCAAGAUGAUGCAUGAAGCUCUUCCUGGUGUUUGCACCGAGUGUAUCAUGAAGAAGAGAGAGCGUAGAAAGAAGAAGGAGGAAGAGGAGAAGAAGUUGAAAGAGGUUGAGGAGAUGAAUGCGGAGUAA